AUGAUUCGCUACGAACGUGAUCCUGACACACGUCUGGCUCCAAAAGAGUACAAAGCACUUCAUCCAUUUGGAACAGCUCCCGUCAUCAUCGAUGGUGAUGUGGUAUUGGCAGAGUCCGGCGCAAUUAUCGACUACAUUAUUUCAAAAUAUGGUGGCGGUCGUUUCACCUUGAAAGCCAAUGACCCAAACUUCAGCAACUAUUUAUUCUGGUAUCAUUUCGCCAAUGGUUCAAUGAUGCCAGCCAUGUCAAAUAAUUUCGUCGUCAAUUGCAUAAGUAGUGGAACACGAGCAGAAGCCAUCCAAUAG